CAUAAGGGUAGAUCAAAAAGGGCAAGAAAGCCAAAAACGAAAAAAAGAAAAAAACAGAAGAGGUCAUUGGGAGAUCCUGCUAUGAUUUUUUUAAGCUUUAUAGUCCUCUGUCUUCUGUUAAUUCUUAUCAAGAUAUUUCAUAAACUAUGGUGGAUUCCUUAUCGCAUGCAAUAUUUGAUGGGCUUACAAGGAAUCAAAGGCCCAUCUUACAUAUUCAUCCAUGGAAGCACCAAAGAAAUAUCAAGGAUGAGAAUUGAAGCCAUGGCUACCCCUUUGGGUUUAUCACAUGCCAUAUUCUCCAAAGUUCAGCCUCAUAUUGACUUCUGGCUCAAUAGAUAUGGAAAGGUUUAUCUUCAGUGGAUCGGAGCUCGAGCUGAACUGGUUGUAGCGGAUCAGGAAUUGAUCAAAGAAAUACUUAAUAAUAAAGAUGGAGCCUUUCAAAAGAGUGACAUUCAAAGCUUUUUAAAGAAGAUAUUUGGAGAUGGCCUUCUGAGUACUAACGGUGAGAAAUGGGCGGAUUUGCGGAAACUAGCCAAUUGUGCCUUUCAUGGAGAGAGUUUGAAAGGUAUGUUUCCUGCUAUGAUCUCUACUGUUGAGAUGAUGCUGGAAAGUUGGAAAUCAUAUGAAGGUAAAGAGGUGGAGGUAUUUCAAGAAUUCAGAUUGUUGACUUCAGAAGUAAUUUCUAGAACAGCAUUUGGAAGCAGUUACAUGAAAGGGAAGGAUAUUUUUGAGAUGCUGACGAAAUUGACCUCUAUAGCGUCUGAAAAUCUUCACAAAGUUAGGUUCCCUGGCCUCAGCAAGUUUUUAAAGACUGGCGCUGAGAUUGAAUCAGAAAUGCUUGAGAAAAGAAUUCGCAACUGCAUUAUUGAAAUAAUCAAGGAAAGAGAACAGAAUGUAACUAGUUGUGAAGACAGCAGCUUUGGGGCCGAUUACCUUGGAUUACUUUUGAAGGCUCAUCACGAUGCCAAUGACAGCCAGAGAAUUUCAGUGGACGAUCUGGUUGAUGAGUGUAAAACGUUUUAUGUUGCAGGACAAGAAACUACUAACUCCUUACUUGCAUGGACUGUCUUUCUUCUAGCAAUCCACCCAGAUUGGCAAGAGGAAGUUAGAAAGGAGGUGCUCAGUUUGUUUGGCCAUGAAAAUCCAAAUCCAGAAGGCAUUGCGAAACUAAAAACAAUGGGCAUGGUUUUCAAUGAAUCUCUGAGAUUAUAUCCUCCUAUUAUUGGCAUUAUGAGAAAAGUUGGAAGGGAGAUUAGACUAGGAAACCUGAUUCUUCCAGCUAACCUUAACCUGUUUAUAUCACCUUUACCACUUCAUCAUGACCCACAAAUAUGGGGAGAAGAUGUGCAUCAGUUCAAGCCAGAAAGAUUCUCUGAAGGGGUUGCUGAAGCCACUAAAAACAACCCAGCAGCAUUUUUCCCAUUUGGAAUGGGGCCUCGACAUUGUGUGGGCAACAAGUUUGCUAUAACUCAAGCAAAGAUUGCUUUUUCUAUGAUUCUUCAACGCUACACCUUCACCCUUUCUCCAGCCUAUGUACACUCGCCAUUUCAGUUUUCUACACUUAAUCCACGACAUGGAAUACAAGUGAUAUUACAGCCACUGUAAAAACCAUUGAUGCAUUUGAAAACUCAGUAAAAUUUGAUUUGAGCC